GCUGUCACACAGGCUCUCCAGUAAACCACUGCUCUUCCAGUUCCUGUCCAAUUCUCAAACCCAUCUUUUCCCUGUAAGGCUAUCUUCACAACCUAUCCCAGUGGAUUAUAUAUCUGUUCCAAAACUUAAGUUAUAUCCAGGAAAUAUUAAUGGGAAAACCCAACUUUUAGGUCAGCAUGCGCAAUAGCAAAUGGAAACUGCAGUGUCUGAGCUGACAGCUCCCUGUGCCCUUAGGGAUAGCGAUGCAAUAGCCAGACUUCAUUCUCUAAACAGACUGCAGCAAGCCAACCAGGACUCAAAGCAGCUGGAACCAACAAUGAGGGGCCUGGCAGGUUUCCUGCUGUGCUCCUUGCUGCUGCUGGCCCUCCACUCCAGAGGGGUGGCUGCCCAGGACACCCAGCCUGAGCCCAAAAUGCCAUGUGCCAACUGGAUGGGAGGAGCACCCGGCUACCCUGGCCACAACGGCAGCCCCGGCCGGGACGGGAAGGAUGGAAGAGAUGGACUAAAGGGAGAUAAAGGAGAUGAAGGCCCAGCAGGUCCCAAAGGUGAACCAGGCCCCGUAGGAAGCCGAGGCUUUCCCGGACCUGCCGGAUCUCCCGGAAUUCCCGGAAUCCCAGGGCAGAAGGGCAAAGACGCUUUUGUGCACCGCUCUGCCUUCAGCGUGGGGCUGACGGAGCGAACCCCUGCCCCCAACGUGCCCAUCCGCUUCAGCAAGAUCUUCUACAACGAGCAGGGCCACUACGACCCCAGCACGGGCAAGUUCCUCUGCAACGUCCCCGGCACCUACUACUUCGCCUACCACCUCACGGUGUACCUGUCAGACGUCAGGGUCAGCCUCUUCAGGAAGGACAAGGCCGUGAUCUUCACCUACGACCAGUUCCAGAGCAACAACGUCGACCAAGCGAGCGGCUCUGUCCUGCUGCACCUCAGCUCCGGGGAUGAGGUCUGGCUUCAGGUGUACGGGAACGGGGAUAAAAACGGGGUCUAUGCUGACAACCUCAAUGAUUCCACUUUCAUGGGAUUCCUCCUGUACCCUGACCCAGAGAACUACUAAAGCAGGGGGUGCUGCAUGGAGAAGGAGGAGGUGGCUUCACCCCAGACGUGUUCUGGGGCACUGGCGCUAUAGCUGUAACGUAUUUACCAGAAAAUUGCCUUUUGCAAGGAUAACGACCUCCAAGGGGGACCUUUUCUCCUGUGAAAUCACUGAGACCAUACCAGCACUCCCAUGGAACCAAGAGUUCACUCCUACCUCUGCUCUUGUUUUCCUGUGGAAACCUCAGCCCAAAGUCAAAUACCACUUCUGCCACGUCAUGAAAAACUCCCAACAUGGCUUAACCUUCCUUUAAAUUUAAAAGUGAGAAGAGAAAAAUUGGAUGCAUUUAAAUAUGACAUUCUAAAUUUCCCUUUUUUAACCACCUAAAUUCAUUUAAACCAAUUGUAGAAAUUUUAGUCAGCAUUUUAAAGUUUGAGUAGAAGAGGGAAAAUACUACUCACAGAGUGUUCUUGUUUUCAGCUGGCUCAGUUUUUUGUAACUCCCACUUAUUAGGGCCUUUGACUUCCACUCCUGGUUUGUUGUCUUCCUUUUUUUAGUCCAGAUCUUUGAAUAUAUUCAGGUUAUUAACUUCUACUGAUUUUAAUCCUUUGAUUUUAUGUUUAUCCCCUAUUGUUAUCUCUAAUGCAGACAGCAGGCUGGUUUAGGGCAGGGAUCUUCUCUUGUGAUUUAUCUGAGAAGCUUUGUGAGCACCAGUGAGGCCACACAACAAAAGCAGCCCACUGACUGUCAUUUCAGGGGUCCCGAGGUGACCACAAAGAUCCUGUCCCCUCUCCACUCUAAACAGCUCCCAGGUGCAGCCAGAGCUUGAGAUCUGUCAGCUGUGUUUGUCCUUUUCCAGGCCCUAAGUGUGCCAUAAACCAUGGGCAGGUGGUGUUGAAGCCUCUCAUGUGGAGUGGGCUCCUGGAAUGAACACCCCCCGGCCCUGCCCCAGCUUUGGGCAAGGUUACCUGAAUGCAGAAGAGUGUUAAGGCUGGAAUUACUGUCAAUCCCAUCAAACUGCUCUCCAAGGAGCUUGCUUGACAUUUAGCUAAAAGAGGAUUUGAUGGUUUCUCAGAUACAUUCAAAGAAGACUCCUGCUACUAAGCUUCAGAGCAAGCUAACACAGAUCAGAGCUAAUGCAGUAUUACAAGCACAAAGCAGCAUUAAGAGCUUCAACUGAAAUUACUUGCAGCAUCAUUUUCCACACUCCAGUGAAUUACCACACUGCAAAUAAAAAACUAUAAAAAAUAGUCUUGAUGAG